AUGUUGGAUGUACGCCCUCCAAACGAGCAUGUCAGUUCCCCGGGGGACCAGCCGUGGCAUGUGCCAUUCCCAUCUCCACCUCUGACUCCCAAUCAUGAUCCCACUUCAUCUGGAAGUGAGGCUGAGAGCAAUGAUCCGCUUGACAAAAUUUCUGCCGUCAAGUACGACCUCCAAUAUUUUUCUAAGGCAAUAGAUUGGGGGGAGAGUAAAUGUGAUAUUCAUGGCCAAGUUAUGAGAAACUUGGCCAACAAGUUGAACAAAGCAUACGCUGGAGAAGUGAAGCAAACUCUAAAAGCAAAAAGUUAG